CUUCCUUGUUAAAAGUUAUUCGUCUAAUGCUCGCUUAAGAAUGAGUUCUGUAUUAAAAAUAAUUUUCUUAUAUAUGUGUCUAGGAUUUACCGUGGGGUCGGUUUCCUCUACAGCUGAAUGUACCAACGCUGAAAAGGUCGAUAUCGUGUUUCUCCUCGAUGGCUCGGGAAGUGUUACAGAUGAUGGCUUUAGCAAAGCAUUGGAGUUUGUGAAUAAAAUUGUUGAUGCCUUUCCUAUCGGACCAACCAAAACACAAGUCGCAUUAGUUGUCUUCGCUUCAAGUAUUGAUACACGGUUUAACUGAAAUGCCUACUCUACAUCGACAACAUUGAAAAAUGCUAUUUCAAAUACACCGUUUCCGAGUGGUGGAGAGGACAUACCUGCGACCAUUGAUCACGCUAGACAGAUGUUUCAGAACCCUUCCACAGGCCGCAGACAGGACGCUACCGGAAUAGCUGUAUUAAUGACAGACGGUAAGACUUACUCCUUUGAGCAAAGUAAAAUCGCUGCACAAAAGCUGAAAGAUCUAGGGAUUAUCAUUUAUACAGCGGGUGUAGGAAGUUAUGUUAAUGUUGAAGAGUUACAAAGUGUGGCCACAAACCAGUCUUAUUACUUCAACGCAGUAAAUUACAGCUCACUGGAUACUAUAACAGGACCAAUAACUGUGGCAGCUUGUACAGAUAUUGACGGCUGCGUUUGCUACAAUGGAGGAACUUGUACCCCGGGCAACUUUGGAAACAAGUGUAUUUGUCCAGCCAUCUAUACAGGAUUUAAUUGCGAGAAAUCAAUAUGUGAUGAAUCCCCGUGCGUUAAUGGAGUUUGCAGUGUUACCGGCGAUGACUGGUUUUGUUCGUGUCAAGCUGGGUACACCGGAACUCUUUGUGACAGCAAUAUUGACGAGUGUUCUAGCAGCCCUUGUGUUAAUGGCACCUGCAAUGAUCGUGUCAAUAUGUUUCUCUGUUCUUGUCAGCCUGGGUACACGGGUAUAUUAUGUGACGCCGAUAUUGACGAAUGUAAAUCUCAACCUUGCCAAAAUAACGGUACCUGCGUGAAUGAUCUGAAUUUAUAUACGUGUAUCUGUGCACCAGGAUACACUGGGAUAAACUGUGCCACCAAUAUCAACGAAUGUGAAAGUUUACCGUGUCAGAAUGGUGCUACCUGUCUGGACUGGGUCAAUGCAUUCUCCUGUGAUUGCCCUCCACGUUAUUACGGUGUAUACUGUGAAACAGGAGUAUGUCAGCCAUCUGUAGCCGAUCUCGUAUUUGUGCUCGAUUCAUCCGCGAGUCAAACAAAAGAAGAAUUUGGGAAACAGCUGGACUUCAUUAACACCUUUAUUGACCAUAUUGUAAUAGGAGAAAAUAACCUUCAAGUAGGUGUUAUAACAUAUUCGUUUGAAGCGGCUAUUGCGAUUUCUAUAGGACAGUAUAACGACAAUGUCACACUUAAAGAAGCGGUAAAAAAUAUCAAAUACAGACCUGGGGCGACUUUUACAGACAAAGGCCUUAAGGCGGCAAAGGAACUAUUUGACAGAACACCUAGCAAUAGACCAUAUGGACAUUUUGCUAAGCGAUAUGUGUUUGUGUUAACGGAUGGUAUGUCGACAAAAAGACAAGCUACAGCCGAGGCCGCGGAAAAUCUAAAAUCUACAGUAAACAAGGUCUUGGCUAUUGGUAUAGGUAAAGAAGUGUCGCAUAUGGAGUUGCUUACCAUAGCAUCAAAAGAAAACACGGCUACAGGACGCUCAUAUGUCUACUCCGUUCAAAAUUUCAAUGCAUUGUACGCAGUGGUGAAAGAGUUGGUGCAAUUAACGUGUGACGAAUGCUCAUGGAAGACCUCCUCGGACAUUGUAUUCCUAUUAGAUAUGUCACCGACAAUGUCAGCUGACAAUUUCCAAACUGGUUUAAACGCAAUAACAUAUCUCACACACAAAACAACGCAAAUGGAAACGGAAAACAAUACGGUCAGAAUUGCACUGGUAACGUAUGGAGAUGGAACAGACACACAGAUAAGGAGAGCUUUGAAUGACUCGAAAACAAAGGAAAUGUUCUUAUCAUCGGUACAAAGGCUUGUUAUCUCCGACGGUAAUUGUCAAGCUGAAACACUCACGUGUGAAACUUCAAAAUUAAUUGAUGCUUUAAAAGUUGCCGACAAAAUUGUUUUUGACAACAUUGUAAACAAAAGUGAUGACAGUGGAGAAACUGUUAUAGUAUUAUCUGACGGGCAAGAAUCUAUCACUGCUGAAAUGAAAACUGAAUUAGAUAAGAUGAAAAGAGAGGGCAGGUCGAUCUAUGCCAUAGCGUUUGGUAUAAGCCCCAACAUAGAGAAUCUACAGGAAAUAGUCGGUGAUCCAGCACUCGUUUUCACAGUCUACGAUGAAUUCACAAUAACUUUACUAGAUGCUCUUACGGCAGAAUUCUUUUUCAGUUCUUGUGACCUUACAAAUGACUUUCUUGACGGCAGCUAAAUGAAAUUAUGUGAAAAUUGCUUUUAUUUACUUUUGUAAUGUCUGCUUCUAGCUUUUUUAAACGCUUUCCUGAAGGAAAAGCGUUUAAUGGUGUCAUGAACAUUGUUGUUUUCAUAAUUUAAGUGUGUAUCAAUCUACAGAAUAAAUUCUAUAAAGGUUCCAGUAUCCAAAACGGAACUAGAUUAAAGGGGUAGGGGAAUGGAAUCUGUUGCCCAAAUUAAGUAAUUUGCAGUGUAGAUAUUUUAAAUAAUACCGCAUUAAAAUUAUUUCAUAUUUGUUACUUUUUAUUGCUCUUUUAUCAGCAAAUAUACGUGUGGACCCUUCCAAAAAGGCACUUUUAUAUUUAGAACAUUUCUUGAGUAAUAUUUCCAGUCAUAAUGAUCAAUGGAAAAGUGUGUCACCAGCUACUGCUUCGAGUAAGAAUAAAUGCUUUACACACACAUAAUAUCGAGAAAAUAGUGUGCCCCAGACUACAUGUGCGAAAUGAGUUAUUUUGCACAUUGUCUCCCAGUAAGCGGCAUUAUUACAUUAAACACGUUUAACUUAGACAGUCAAGGCCAGAUUAACACUUUCAAUUAAAAAUGUCAAAAUACUGCUUCAUGAAAAAGAACAGAAAGUGAGGAUGAACUCAGGCUGGCAUGCCAUAGAUUUUACAUGAAGUAACUGAAUUAUGUAGUUUAAACAUAACUGAGUUCUAACAAUUUUAAAUAUAUGUAAAUGAACGCAAUAUUUAAGAUAAAGGUUUGAAAAAGGGCGAGAUACAAACGCUAGUUCAUAUAAAGGUCUUCCCACAUAAAUGCAGUACCGCUAUAUGUUAUGGGUAUGUCUAUAUCAUCACAUUCGGUGUCCAUUCAGCUGAGUAUAAAUUGUUGUAAGUGAUUUCAGAAUAAUGGACUCCGAUGUUAUUAUAGUUGUGACAUUCAUAGACGAAAUGUUAUUUGCUCUCUGGAAGACCACUCUGAUAAAGAGUUGAUGAAGACAUUUUUUUUUCUAGAAAAAAAGUCUUGCUUAUGGUGCUGCAUUCAAGUAUGUGGCCGAGCACGAUAUACUUGCCAUUCCCGAUCGUCUAUGUAGAAAAAGUGUGAGCACUUCGGAUAGUUUAUUUACAAUUGCAUUUGGAAGGAAGAUUAUGAAGUUGUAUUUUGUACUUGUCUUGAAAGUAAAAUAAUUUGAAAUCGUUAGGUCUUUAAAUGGUCAAGACAUGUUUAAUUCAACUUUUGCUCACUUAAUUUCGAGGCUUUUCUCAUUUGCAUUAAUUUCUGGCAACCACUUUGCCAUUAUUAUUGUCUAAGGCAGUAAGGCGGUGAGGUAAGAAUGGACCAAUAUUAACCCAAAGACAAAUUUCAUGACCCAAAGAGUGCUUCAUGUAUUUGGAUUUUAUGACAAUUAUACACACCAUUAAAACAAUGUUAUCAAGUAUUUAGUACUGCUUUACUGCUGGUAUCUUGAUACGGAUGUUACGUCUACUUUUGUGAUAAUGAUAUGCAUUAUUUGAACAUCUAGGAAAAUUAAUUCAAAGAUUCGUUUAUCUAAUGCAACUAUUAUUCACUCUUGGAGAUACUUAGUUGUAUAUGCAUUGUAAAUAUCGAAUUGAAUAUCAAAUAUAUAAUUAUCUAAAAUCAG